CACAAGUCACCCGCCCUUCCUUUUUCUCACUGUACUGCCAUUACCUCUUCUUCUCAGCCACAUAUUCUUUCAUUCUUCUUCUUCCUUCUCCCUCGCAUUUUUCAUAAAUCUUCUGCUCUGCCUCUGGUGUUGAUUCGGGGGAAGAAGAGGGGGUCAUAUUCCGGUGUGCUCGCUCACAUGGAUGCGUCCACGGCUUUACUGAUCGUAUCAGCCGCUGCUGCUUAUUUAAUAUGGUUCAGAUUCAUAUCGCGAUCGCUGAAUGGUCCACGCGUUUGGCCUCUCCUGGGGAGCCUUCCAGGCCUGAUCCAGCACACCAAUCGCAUGCAUGACUGGAUCGCGGACAAUCUUCGCGCGUCUGGCGGAACUUACCAGACCUGCAUCUGCGCCAUUCCCUUCAUCGCCAGAAAGCAGGGACUAGUCACUGUCACGUGCGAUCCCAAGAACGUUGAGCACAUCCUCAAGCUCCGCUUCGAUAACUAUCCCAAGGGACCCACUUGGCAGUCUGUAUUUCACGAUUUGCUCGGCGAUGGCAUUUUCAAUUCCGACGGUGACACCUGGCUGUUCCAGCGCAAGACCGCUGCCCUGGAAUUCACCACCAGGACUCUGCGACAGGCCAUGGCACGCUGGGUGAGCCGAGCCAUCAAGUACCGGUUCUGCCCCAUCCUCGCCACAGCGCAGAAGAACCGGAGGCCGGUCGAUCUUCAAGACCUUCUGCUUCGCAUGACUUUUGAUAACAUUUGUGGCUUGGCUUUCGGCAAGGAUCCGCAGACUCUCUCUCCGGGGCUUCCCGAGAACGGCUUUGCGAUGGCUUUUGACCGGGCCACCGAAGCCACCCUGAAGCGCUUUAUCUUACCAGAGGUGAUCUGGAAAUUCAAGAAGUGGCUCCGGCUAGGCGUGGAAGUGACCAUGGACCAGAGCCUGAAACACAUCGACCAGUACUUGUCUGGCAUCAUCAACGCGAGGAAGCUCGAGUUGAUAAGUAAGCGACAGGGUGAGAAUGGGAUCUCCGUACCCCACGACGACCUGCUCUCCAGGUUCAUGAAGAAGAAGGAAUCGUACUCGGACAAAUUCCUGCAACACGUGGCUCUGAACUUCAUCCUAGCCGGACGAGACACGUCAUCCGUCGCUCUGAGCUGGUUCUUCUGGCUGUGCAUCAAGAACCCAAUAGUGGAAGAAAAAAUCCUCGUGGAACUCUGCACCGUCCUGAUGGAGACACGUGGUAGUGACGUCUCGAAGUGGAUGGACGAGCCACUCGUGUUCGAGGAGAUUGACCGCUUGGUGUACCUGAAAGCAGCGCUGUCGGAGACGCUGAGACUUUACCCGUCGGUGCCGCAGGACUCGAAGCACGUCAUCAACGAUGACGUAUUGCCGACCGGAACCUUCGUCCCAGCGGGUUCGUCCGUAACCUACUCCAUCUAUUCAAUUGGAAGGAUGAAAUUCAUAUGGGGAGAGGAUUGCCUGGAGUUUAAGCCGGAGAGGUGGUUGUCCGCUGACGGGAAGAAGAUCGAGCUAAAUGACUCGUAUAAAUUCGUCGCAUUCAAUGCUGGCCCGAGAAUUUGUUUGGGGAAAGACUUGGCGUACCUGCAAAUGAAGUCGAUCGCGGCGGCGGUGCUGCUGCGCCAUCGCCUCUCGGUGGAGCCGGGACACCGCGUCGAGCAGAAGAUGUCGCUGACGUUGUUCAUGAAGUACGGCCUGAAGGUGAACGUGCACCCGAGAGAGCUGGGGCCUAUAUUGGACAAAGCAUGCAAGGGUGCGUCCUGCGGCAAAGAAGCUUUCAUGACGGCCGGUAAUGGCCUGGACGUCGGAAUUGAGGCGCUGCCUCCCGCUGCUUGAAGAGUGUUUUAGCAUUAAAUAUGUGGCUGUGAAUUAAUGAACAAAUAUUAUAUAAUUAAUUAGACUUAAUUAAGAACAGGGCGUAAACUGCGGCAUGCUGAAUUAACAUUUUAAAAAGUAAUUAAUUGUGCUCAUUAAUUAUAUUAUACUUAAUUGAAAAGAAUAUGCUAUUUCUCUACGAUGCUGAUUUGGGUCUGUGGAAUCAGAAGGCCAGAGGCUGUGUUAUGGAUACGAACACAGAUCAUUCUCUCUCCAUGAAAGACGGAACAGGACCAAAGGAAAAAAGUAACAAUCAUGCCCGCCAUUUAUAUUAUUCGAAUAAAGAAUGUGAACUUUACAUUUCCAGCGUGUUCUUACCAUUAUGUUUUUUUUUUUCAAAUGCUUUUUUUAUUCUUAUAAUUUAUUUAAAUUUUACUGUGAAAUUUUGUCCUUUUUUUUUUU